ACCGACGAACUCAGCUGUCCAAGCUACCUCGAUGACUGCAUUACUGCUCUAACCUUUCAACUCGAAGAAAUAACAUACCACAGUGAGACGUCGAAUAAAGGCAAAUACCCUGCCGACAAGGUUCCAGACCACAACGUCGCCUGUGCUAGUUACUUAUCGGAAAUCAGAGACCAUUUGCAGCUCCUGGAAGAUACCAAACUCGCCUACAGCAUUGCUAAUGCUGUCUAUACAGAUGCUGAACUUAUUACUCAGAUGGCCCAGCAGGAGGCCCAAGCGCAAGAUGACAGAAUCUAUGCCAGACAAAUCAGCACAGAUCAUCCUCAUGAGUAUGAAGCGCCUCCGCAGGCUGCCAAA